CAUGAAGGUCGUUGUUGCCAGUUUCGUGCUUCUCCUAGUGUUUCGUGAAGUUUCCACUUUCCUAAAAUCGGGGAUUUACCUCGAUAACGGUUUCGAUCAGACUUCAAUUGGCCAACUCGGGGAUCAACAAAUACAACUGGAGGUUUUAAACCUUCUGGGUCUUCCAAACCGGCCGAAAAAGAUCAAUAAUUCGGUCACAAAAUCAGCGGCUAAGUACAUUCUGGAUAUUUACAACUCGUUGAUGGAAAAAAUUGAUGGCCACUCAUCCAGACGGAAAAGAAGUGCCGGUGUAAACCUGAGCAGUGAGGAAGAAACAGCCGUUGAAAACAGUGACGUUAUCAUGACUUUCGAAGCCAUUCGGAACAGCGAGAAGAAAUUCAAACGACUCGAGAAAGGCAAGAAAUUGUGGUUCAAUGUGAGCGAGAUGUCGGUUGCUGAAGAUGUGAUCAGUGCCGAAUUGAAGAUUUUCCAGAAGGGGGCCCCGAAAAGGGCCGGGAAUGUUUACGCAGUCGUCGUUUAUGAGUUGGUAGACAGGGGGAGGAGGUUUCAAUACGUUUCAUCCGUUAACACCACUGGAAACUACAAAGGUUGGUUAAGCUUGAACUUAACUUCUUGCACAACAAACUGGAGCGCUCAUCGUCACUACACGAAGGGAUUUUAUUUAUCGGUUUAUCCAGUAGAGAAACCAGGGCGCGAAAUACGCCCCGAAGAGAUCGGUUUAACCACCUCCACAAACCCCUUCAUUGUGGCCUUUCUCAAAGCAAGCACUCGCGUCCAACCCCAACGAAAUGUUCGUUCAGUCAGUCCAAAACAAAACUAUGUUUCAACCAUGAAGCAGUAUCAGCAUGGAACGACUUGCAGAAUACAUACUUUGUACAUAAGUUUCAAAGAUUUGAAGUGGCAGGACUGGGUUAUUGCACCUGAAGGCUAUGCGGCUUAUUAUUGCGCUGGAGAGUGCAAUUUUCCUCUGACUGCGCACAUGAACGCCACAAAACACGCUCUAGUUCAGAGUUUGGUGCAUUUGAUUCAACCCCACAAGUUUCCAAAGCCGUGCUGUGCACCAACAGAGCUGAGGCCGAUUCCUCUCGUUUACUAUUUGGACGCAGGGACCAGUAAUGUCGUCCUGAAGAAGUACAGCAAUAUGGCUGUUAAGAGUUGCGGCUGUCAUUGAUUUUUUUUUGUUAAAAUUGUACAGUUUUAGUGUUUAUUUAUAAUAAAAGAUAUCAAUAAGG